AUGGAGCGGUUCGCGUGCCCGACACCCGACCGACAAGGGCGCUACCGCUGCAUUGACGACCAUGUGUUGUGUGAUGGCUUCAUCGACUGCCCCAGUGGCGAGGAUGAGGACCGACAAGCUUGCAUGUUCUACAAAACGGUGAUUCUAUACUUACUAAUAUUACUUAAUAUUCACUGCUGUAUGAGAUACGAAAGCCCACCUAGAUGUCCUGGCCGACGCGCUACUCCGGUGGGCGCGCGGCCGCUAAGGACCGACCCCUCCCGGACCCUGACCCUUUAGUGCUCUAAUACUCCGCCAGUGCUACACGGACCUCAUGUAAAAUAUACGAUCGAUUGGCCCCGUGCUUAAAUGCGAUCAGUGAAAGCUGCGAACUCCUAGAAAUAGUAUUCGGGCGCAACCAGUCAUAACUCGUACAUGCGUUGAACGUAAUGAAACAUAUCAAGUAGUGGUGCAGCCUAUGCCAAAACAUGACCACUUAAAGUGUAGUGUAAGGUUUCCGACUGCGACAAUCGAGACAACAGAACACGCCGCGCUGGCCCGCCCAGUGAACGAAGGAAAGCAGUGAUACGAUCUGGUUUCGUCCCAAUUAAACUUCUCCGCAGCUGAUUUAUUUUCCAUGUAUUUCAUACCUUCUAGCACUUAUUAAACUAAAAUGUGAGACUGGUAGUCAACAUUGUUAGACAGUAGAACAUAUACAUAAAAUUUUAGAAUAGUUCUUCAUUUGGCAAAACGUAAAUGUUUGUCGAUUUGUUAAAAUAUGUAUUCACUUUAUGUAAUUACUCUACAUUAAGUUAUGACAUUCCUUAUUAUAAUGAGGGUUGUAAAGUAAAUAAGAGAAAUUUAAAAAUGUGUUGUAUAUAGAUAGAUACCAAAUGAAUUAUUUUAUAUUUGUUUAAUUAGUCGGCCUAUAAUAUGCGAUCGACGACUGCUCCGACGAGUCCGCACUAGAACUUGGUGAUCAGCCGUCGUUGGCACUCUUGUCCAUUAUUUUUUCUGAUUUAUCAAUAACUUUGUACUUAAGUAUAUUACUUUCAAAAGACAAUUAUUAAGAUGUGAGAGCAUUAAGUAUUUUAACAUAAAUUGAUCUCGACUAGAGGCAGCUAUAUUAUGUAAUAUUAUAAAAUAAUCGAUUUAUUUAAAGAUGCAUUUAUUUGGUUAAUUCUUAAUUAUAUAGAUAUUAAUUUUUGUAUGAGUUACUGAUAUGUUCAAUAUGGCUAGAAUAAAGUUAGUAUUUUUGACUGAAAAAUUGUUCAUGUCCUUUGCCGAUCUAGUCUGGGGAACUUAUUAGCCAUACAUUCCUCCUUAAUCAAUACUUCUAGUCAGUGCUCAGUUCCUUUUACUUACUUGUUUUAAUAAGGUGUACCUGUUUUUCCUAUUUAGGUUA